CGGCGGUGAGCGCGAGAGCGAGCGCGAGCCAGGGCGGAGGACCGACCGCUUCGGAUCUGGCUGCUUUGUGGGCUCGGAUCUUUCUUUCCUGUCUCUCUGUUUGCUCCCCCUUUAUUUUGUUCUUGGUUUGCCUGUUGGAAACCUCUGACUCCGUCCUCUCCCCCACCGCUGGAAGUCUUCGCGUCUCUAAAUGGAAUUAGUGGAGCUCGGAGCCUCUGGUGUAACGCACAGACAUGAUCUAUGGACGCAGUUUGUUCCACAUUGUAGCAAGUUUAAUCAUCCUCCAUUUGUCUGGGGCAACAAAGAAAGGAACAGAAAAGCAAACCACUUCAGAAACCCAGAAGUCCAUACAGUGUGGAACUUGGACAAAACAUGCCGAGGGUGGCAUCUUCACCUCUCCCAACUACCCCAGCAAGUAUCCCCCUGACAGAGAGUGCAUCUACAUCAUAGAAGCUGCUCCCAGACAGUGCAUUGAACUUUACUUUGAUGAAAAGUACUCCAUUGAACCGUCUUGGGAGUGCAAAUUUGAUCACAUUGAAGUUCGAGAUGGACCUUUUGGCUUUUCUCCAAUCAUUGGACGUUUCUGUGGACAGCAAAAUCCACCUGUAAUAAAAUCCAGUGGAAGAUUUCUAUGGAUUAAAUUUUUUGCUGAUGGAGAGCUGGAAUCUAUGGGAUUUUCAGCUCGAUACAAUUUCACACCUGAUCCUGACUUUAAGGACCUUGGAGUUUUGAAACCAUUACCAGCGUGUGAGUUUGAGAUGGGUGGUCCAGAAGGCAUCGUGGAGUCUGUGCAGAUUAUGAAGGAAGGCAAAGCUUCUGCCAGCGAGGCCGUUGACUGCAAGUGGUAUAUCCGGGCACCGCCGAGAUCCAAGAUUUACUUACGGUUCUUGGACUAUGAGAUGCAGAAUUCAAAUGAAUGCAAAAGGAAUUUUGUGGCCGUGUAUGACGGCAGCAGUUCCGUGGAGGAUCUGAAGGCCAAGUUCUGUAGCACCGUGGCCAACGACGUGAUGUUGCGCACAGGCCUCGGGGUGAUCCGCAUGUGGGCAGACGAGGGCAGCCGCAACAGCCGAUUUCAGAUGCUCUUCACAUCCUUUCAAGAACCUCCUUGUGAAGGCAACACGUUCUUCUGCCACAGUAACAUGUGUAUAAACAAUACCUUGGUCUGCAAUGGACUCCAGAACUGUGUGUACCCUUGGGAUGAAAAUCAUUGUAAAGAGAAGAGGAACACCAGCCUGCUGGACCAGCUGACCAAUACCAGUGGGACUGUGAUUGGCGUGACUUCCUGCAUCGUGAUCAUCCUUAUUAUCAUUUCUGUCAUUGUACAGAUCAAACAGCCUCGUAAAAAGUAUGUCCAAAGGAAAUCAGACUUUGACCAGACCGUGUUCCAGGAGGUCUUUGAACCUCCUCACUAUGAGCUGUGCACGCUCAGAGGGACAGGGGCCACGGCUGACUUCGCAGACGUGGCGGACGACUUGGAAAACUACCAUAAACUGCGGAGGUCAUCUUCCAAAUGCGUUCACGACCAUCACUGUGGAUCUCAACUGUCCAGCACUAAAGGCAGCCGCAGUAACCUCAGCACAAGAGAUGCUUCCAUCUUGACAGAAAUGCCCGCGCCGCCCGUCAAGCCCCUCAUCCCACCCAUGAACCGAAGAAAUAUCCUUGUCAUGAAACACAACUACUCCCAAGAUGCUACCGAGACCUGUGACAUAGACGAAAUCGAGGAGGUGCCGACCACGAGUCACAGGCUGUCCAGACACGACAAAGCCGUCCAGCGGUUCUGCCUCAUUGGGUCUCUAAGCAAACAUGAAUCUGAAUACAACACAACUAGGGUCUAAAAAGAAAAUUCAAGAGAAGAACUAUUUAUACACACAUGGGGACUGUGAACAGAAAAUUCUAUAGUGAAUUGUGAAAAGUGGACCUAUUUCUAAACUCAUUCCACUGCCUUUAUCCAAACUUAAGAAUCACAGACCUUUGUCAUUCCUUCGGCAAGACAUCCCCGCUGCACAAUGAUAUGUUCAUUUCGUAAUUUGGUUGCUGGCCACCAAGUGCUCCUUAGUUUUUAAAUACAUUUUGAGAUUAACUGGAAACUUGAAGAAGAAGUUAGUUCCUGAUUAAGACUAUCCCAACUUUUCUUUUCCUCUCAGCGUCACUUUCGUUUCCGUGUUGUUUCAUGUCUUCGUUAUCUAAUCGUGUAUUGUGUGACGUGUGGAAACACCAACCUGGAUGUACUCCAUGUGCAUUGUUUUCAUUAUAUAGACUGCUUGAGAAUAGUGGCUUCCGGGUGAUUUUGAACACGCUACAGCGAAAAGUGAGGCUGUGGACCGUGGAAACACCAGCUAGAGGUUUUACGGACGAUACACACCUGUUGUCAUAUUAUAUUUAAGUGCAGCAAAGAGUAACGAGUAAAACUACUAGAUUGCAAUAAAAAAAAUCUCAUUUUUGAUCUUUCCCACAUGUCCUUAAUUACAUUUUUGUUUUAUAGCAAAGGAAAAUACUGUGUUUCAGAAAUAGUUUUUGAAACCAGGUAUUUUGCCUUUCAUACCCUACAAUAGAAAUGUUUUUGAUUAAGCACUUAGCAAUAUGACUGAAUUGACAGUUUGAGAAAAUUCCCUGCAUGUCAGUACUGGAUAUUUGAGUUGGGAAAAUAUCCUUUUUAUUAGACACAUUGUAAAAAGCAUGCAUUCUCCAAUACUGCUGUUAUUAUUCCAUUUCUUUGUGUCAUAUGCUUGCUACUUGUAACUUUUUAUAUAAAGAUAUAUAAAAUGUACAAUAAUUUCCUAACUUGAGUUAAGUGAAAUGUUUUCUUCUAUUAGUGGGACAAGAAACUGACUGGCAGAAGUACACACUUUCUAUCAACUCUUUCCACCUUUUAGGGUAAAAGAUAUUCUUUAGUACUGACGUUUACUUCCCCAAAUAUUUGAUUUCUAAAAUUUUAUGGAAUAUGUUCUUUUAGAAUAGGAAAGUCUUUUGUAAAUGCUUUAAAAUCACAGACCCUUUAAUGCCCUCAAUUAUACCAUUCUGAAUUAUUCUUCUACUCAGGCACACAUACGAUACUUGGAAACGUCAUGAUUAUGAUGUGUUUCAUACAAAUAAAGUGAAAUCCUACAAUAUAUUUAAUCGCUGUUGAAUUGUAUACACACUCUAUAAAGCUGGAUUCAGUGAGUGCAUACUCCUAAAAGUACCGAUGUGUGUUCUUAGAAAAUACAUUUGGAAAGCCAGAGUUCUUGUAAAUCCGCUUACCAGCAUUUUCCAAACGACUAGAUUUUACAAGUGAAAUGAAUUCUGUCCUUCAAAGUGCAAAGCAGUCUUAUUUACCACAAUUCAGACCUUACAACUCAAGCAGGUUUUACAAGCCAAAUACAUAAAUCACUCUCAUAUAUCCAUGUUGGA